CUGUCUCUCUCUCUCUCUCUAAUCUCUCACUCUCUCUGUAAUCUCUCCUGGUUCGUUAUUCCUUGUCCUCGAUCCGUUCCAAUGGAGUCCAAUCAGUAGACUUUCUUCAAUUGUCCGAAAAUCUCAGCUCAAGAUUCCAGGCUCUAGAUACAAUCUCCCCGUAUCUACCUCAGAUGGCGACUAGCAACCCGUUUGAUCUUCUGGGCCACGAUGACAACGAUGACCCAAAUCAGCUCGUCGCCAAGCUUCCUGUUCCUCCUCCUGCUCAGGUUCCUCGGAAGGCUACUGUUCAGCCGGCCGCCGCCGCUGCCAGAAUGCCCUCUAAGCCUCUACCUCCGGCCGAGGCCGUGAGGGAGAGUAAAAGUGAAUAUUCACGAGGAGGAGCACGUGGUGACCCACGUGGUGGUGGCCGUGGACGUGGUAGGGGCCGUGGCCGAGAGUUCAAUCAGGACUUUGUGGACACAGAGAACUCUUUUACUGGAAACAAUGGCUUUUCAGGAGGGUAUAGGCCCUUUGAAGAGAGAGAAGGUGGAAAACCAUAUGAAAAAAGAGGAGAAUAUGGUGGACCUCGUGGAGGCUUCCGUGGUGGUCGCCGUGGAGGGUUUGGCACAGGCGGUGAAGAUGCUGCUGAUGGCGAACGCCCAAGGAGGAUGUAUGAACGCCGAAGCGGAACUGGCCGUGGGAAUGAAUUCAAACGUGAGGGUGCUGGACGUGCCAACUGGGGAACUCCCACUGAUGAGAUUGCUCCAGAUACAGAGGAGCCAUUUAAUGAAGUUGAGAAGCCUGCUGAUGCCGAGAAACAGCCUAAUCCGGAAGAUGCUGGAGAUGCCACCAAGGAUAUUCCAUCAAAUGAGGCAGAGGAAAAGGAACCUGAGGAAAAGGAGAUGACUCUAGAUGAAUAUGAAAAGUUACUGGAAGAGAAAAGGAAGGCUUUGCUUGCACUGAAGCCCGAGGAGAGAAAAGUGACUUUGGACAAGGAAUUUGAAUCUAUGCAGCUGCUUUCAAGCAAGAAGAAUGAUGAUGAUGCUGUUUUCAUUAAAUUGGCUUCUGAUAAAGAAAAGAAAAAAGAUGCCGGAGAGAAGGUUAAAAAGACUAAAAACAUUACUGAGUUUCUGAAACCUGCGGAAGGAGAAUGCUACUACCCAUCUGGUGGGCGUGGAAGAGGGGGACCCGGACGUGGACGUGGGCGUGGUGGCCGAUAUGCUGGAAAUCAGUCCAAUGCUGAUUUCCCACCAUCCACCGGCAGCAAGUCCAAUGCUACUGCCCCAUCCAUUGAAGAUGUGGGGCAGUUCCCUAGCCUGGGUUCCAAGUGAGUAUUGAAGGAGGACCUCUUGAGUGGGUACCUCUAGCACUCUUUUUAUGUACUACAAGUGUUUGUUGAACUUGUUUGUUUUGUUUUUAGUGUACAAUUUAGAUACCCUCUUGAGAAACUGAGAUUUGUUCUCAGGUUUCUUCAGCUUUCUUGCUCUCUCAGUCUAUGCUUUUUAGAUUUUAGGUACUCUUUUUACAACUUUUUUUUUUACUUCUUGGGAACAUCUCUGUUCUCGUACUUGUUUUUUCCCCAGGUUAUGUAUUUCUUUUUUCUUAAAAAAAUAUGAAAUCAUAAAUAUGCUCUCUAGUG